UCGACCCAGUGUGCUCGCCUAAGGUAGUCUGAGUGGAGAAAGUAAUGAAGAUGGAAGGAGCUGAUGUUGAUGAAUUAUUGAGGAGAUUUAUGAAGUAGCGGAGUGAUAGCUGUUUAUUCAUCUCGCUAGAAGGAAAGAGGACAGCGAUACCAGGAAAUCGACAGAUAGCAUGCCAGUAGAGGCGACUCCACUGCAGAUGAGGGAACAUGUUGGCUAUGGACCAAGGAGUGGUGGAGGAAUGGCUGUCAGAAUUUAAGACCCUUCCUGACAGUGCUGUGUCCAACUAUGCUGCCUCAUUAAAAGACAAAGGUGCCCUGGUCCCUGCACUCUACAAGGUCAUCCGAGAGAACUACAGUGAUUUGCUGGAGCCUGUGUGUCACCAGUUGUUCGAGUUUUACCGCAGCGGUGAGCCGCAGCUGCAUCGUUUCACGCUACAGUUCUUGCCAGAGCUCCUGUGGAGCCUCCUGUCCGUCAGCGCAGCCAGAGACCCCCACACCUCGGGCUGCAUCGAGGCCCUGCUGCUGGGCAUUUACAACCUGGAAAUAGUUGAUAAAGAUGGACAGAGUAAAGUGUUAUCUUUCACUGUUCCUUCCCUCUCCAAACCCUCGGUGUACCACGAGCCUUCAGCCAUCGGCUCCAUGGCUCUCACGGAAGGUGCUCUAGCCAAUCACGGGCUGAGCAGGGUGGUGUACAGCGGGCCGCACCUCCAGAGAGAGAACUUUACGGCACAGAACAGAUUUGAGGUGCUGACCUUCCUGUUGCUGUGCUACAACGCCGCUCUGAGCUAUAUGACGUCCACCUCCCUCCAGUCCCUCUGCCAGCUCAGCUCCAGGGUGUGUAUAUGCGGUUACCCACGGCAACAGAUACGGCGCUACAAAGGCAUAAGCUCACGGCUCACCGUCACGUCAGAGUUCCUGGUGCAGCUCAUCACGGGGAUACAUUACGCCUUGUGUAACGGGGAGGUUGAACUGGGUUCCAAAGCACUGGAUGACGUCCUGUAUCGAGCCCAGCUAGAACUGUUCCCUGAAGCUCUGUUGGUGGGUAACGCCAUCAAGUCGUCGCUGCACGGUGCAGCACUGAAGAGCAACAACAAAGAGGGUGCACGGAGUAUCCAGGUGGAGAUCACACCGACCUCCUCCAGGAUUUCCAGAAAUGCUGUCACGUCUCUCUCUAUCAGGGGACACCGCUGGAAGAGACACGAGUCCCAGGAGGUGAGUGUAGAAAUUGACGCUGCACAAGGGGGGGUGGCCAUCCCCGAGAUCAGUGUGACAGGCGUGAGCGGCGAGCGAAUGGCCAACGGAGACUCCCUGCGGCCACGCCCUGAGAGCGACAUGAUUGGCAGCGCCUCCGAGGUCAGCCCAGACCCUCGGGUUCACGACUCCGGCACCCGGGGUCAGGAGGUCAGGAGGCAGAAGUCUGUGAGGCGGAUGGUGGAGAAUGAGGGGUCGGCCUCCACAGGGAGGAACCAGUACUAAGGUCCCCUCCUUCCCCCCUGCCCCUGUCCUGGGGUAACCUAGACGCAGUGGAUCUGGGUUCCCCGGAUGAGCUGAUGGAUAUUUCGGAGGUGGAUGAAGGGGUGUGGCCAGGUGGGGUGGGGCCUGACAUGACCCCUCCUACCAUCACUAUCAGCAACAGCGUCACCACGUUGAACCUGGGGGCCAAGGCCAUGAAGAAGUGUCGGCUUGGUGGGCGCUCCAGCAAAGACAAGGACAAGGAGGCAGGCCUUCUAACAACCGGCCGGGCUGCCAGUGAGAGCGUGGAGCUGUCCGUCAAGCGACUGACACUCACUUCUAGCCAAUCAGUGCCCAAGGCGGGAGCUCUCACCAGCCUGACGCGCACUGCCAGCGCAGUCUUCUCCCGCUCAUUUGAGCAGGUGGCAGGUGGAAACGCGCCUCCCAACAGUAACCACACCGCCUCUGAGGCCAGCCGCUUCUCGUGCAGCCUUCAGGAGGACGGGCUGGGGUACUUGAGCCCAGCGCCAAACCACACGCAGCGCUCUCCCAGCAUCAGUGUGCACCUUGGCUCUGACCUUUGAACCACUUGUGAACCCUCGAUCCUGUGACCCUGUACCUGUGACCUGGAACUCCAAGCCAUGCCAACGAAAACGGACCACAAACACAUGAGCAAACACUCCCACCAGUUCCCCAAUCACUCCAUUUUAACGUCUUUGAUUGUCUGUGCUGCUGCCCUGCUCUGUAAACACAUCCGGAGCGCCAUCAACUCCCACCGCUCCUCCUAUCUCAGCCAGCAGUCUCCUCUUAGCCUGAUGGAAGUUGGAUGUCAGGGUUUGACCACUCCCAGAUUCAACGAUUUGUUCUAGUGCACUGAAGUUGUGCCAGGAAAAAAAACUGCACUCCAUUGCAGAGUAGCACAUUGUGCACUGAAAACUCCUUACUUAAAAAAACUGUGUGGAAAAGUAUUUGAAAAAUAUUUGAAUUGGCAUCUAUUGCCCUGCAUGGCUUUUCCAUACGUCCAUCCUGGCCUCGGGUCCGUCAGAGGGCAGAUGUUGAGUGUGUGAGCAUGCUUGAGUGUGUACUCUGUCUGUAUGUCUGUGUGUGUGUGUGUGUGUACACUUGUUUUGUAGAACAAAGGCUGCUGAUUGAUGCAAUGAACAAGGUAUGAUUCUACAACUUGAAAGAAGUAUUUCUUCUACUUUUUUCUAAAGAAUAACUGAUCCCUUCCCAUAGCAAUACAAAUUUGUUUUUCCAUUGUUUGGGAACAUUACCCAUUUUUUUACGUUCAAAAAUCUGCAUUCUUCUUGUUCUUCUGGCACUUUCCAAAACUGCUGUGUAUUUGAUGGAAAAAUUAAAACUUAAAAUUUACAAGGAAGUUCUGAUCAUGUGGAGAAUGUGAGUGAAUGAUUUGUUAGUAUUGAAUUUUGCACUUGAGAUCAAACAAGUUGUGUUCUCAACUUUGGUAUUUUCUUAUGAUGUACAAGAGAGGUUUGACUCUUGAGGAUGCUAUUUUUCUGUGAGAUCUAUACAUACUUUGUUGCUCCAUGUGUUAAAACCACACAGACUGCUCUGGUCUUUACUGAGGUAAAAUAAUCUCAUAGAUCUGAAUAACGGUUUUAAAAAACUGUAAGUGAACCUAUCUCUGUGUACUCUGCAGUGUUUGGGGCAACAAGGCAUCUUUACCCUUUGUCUGAUCAACCCACUAUUCCAGUUGUUUGUAGUACUUUGGUGAUGUGUCGUAUGUCUCCAUUGUUGUUCACAUCACAACACAACAGGGUGAUUGCUCUUGUACCAAAAUAUUUGAAUUGAACUCCACAACCCACCUGCUACAUUUGAUGUCCUGCAAACAUUCAUGCUGCCCCAUCCUCAAGCAAAAGUGUGUCCUGUUGUCUGUGUACUAGACCUGUCCAGUGUCAAUACAAUAGCUUGGUGGGACAAUAACAAUCAAAGUGUUUCUGUAUGUUGAUUUACAGAAUGUAAAUGGGUAAUCUCUUGUUGUACAUCAUACUGUUGUACUGAAGUUGGUUUAUUUUGGCCUUUCUAUGUCUGAAGAUAACACUGCUACAACUUCUGGGAAUAAAGUGUUUAUAUAUUUCA